CUCAGAAUUUACUGGAUUGCACCACUCUCUUAACAACAGACAUCCCUGGUACUGUCAGCAGAACGCAUUCAGAGUCAGCCAACAUGGACACAGUGACUCUUCUCCUCAUAUUCCUAGUCUCCUGCAUCCUGUGUUUCUACACUUGGAACAGCAUGUACAGGGAACAAAACCUACCCCCUGGACCUACCCCACUGCCCUUUCUCGGGAACCUUCUCCAGCUGAAAACAGGGAAGUUGGUGGAUUGUCUGUCACAGAUGCACAAGAAGUACGGGGAUGUGUACACUCUGUAUCUCGGGCCCCGGAGAGUGGUGGUGCUAUGUGGGUACGAUGCUGUCAAGGAAGCCCUGGUGGACAACGGAGAAGAAUUUGGGUUCAGAGGCCAGUUGCCAGUCAUAGAUUUAUAUACUCGGAGGCAAGGUGUUAUUUUCAGUAAUGGGGACCAAUGGAAAGAGCUCCGACGCUUCACCGUCAUGACUUUGAGAAGUUUUGGGAUGGGAAAACGAUCCAUUGAAGAGAGAAUUAAAGAAGAAGCGCUAUGUCUGGUAGAAGAAUUUAAAAGAAAGAAUGGAGAACAUUUUGACCCUACAUAUUACUUCAGCCAGGUGGCAUCUAAUAUCAUAUGUUCCAUCAUAUUUGGGAACAGAUUCAGCUACACUGACCCUGAUUUCCGAAGAUUCAUGCGUAUCAUUGAUGAAAUAUUUAUAGGAAUGUCUUCACCCUCGGGACAGCUUUUUGACAUGUUUAAUGUAGUGAUGAAAUACUUACCAGGACCCCACCAUUACGCUGCCAAAUGUGCCUUCCAGUUAGACAAGUUUGUUCUGGAACGGUUAGAGAGAGAUCGUAAAACACUGGAUCCUAACCGCCCUCGGCACAUGAUGGACAGUUUCCUAAUUAAAAUGGAAGAGGAAAAAAACAACCCUUCAACUUAUUACAACACGGAAAACUUACUCAAAAACACUUCAACCAUGUUUGUCGCCGGAACAGAGACCCUGAGCACCACAUUAAGGCACACAUUCCUGCUCCUCCUGAAGUUUCCUCAUAUUAAAAAAAAAGUCCAAGAGGAGAUUGACUCUGUGAUUGGCCAAGACCGAGCCCCGGAACCAGAGGACCGACCUUCCAUGCCGUACACAGAUGCAGUCAUACAUGAGAUCCAGCGCUACGCCAACGUACUACCCAUGAACCUACCUCGUGCUGUGGCAAAGGACACACAAUUUCGUGGCUUCACAAUUCCCAAGGGUACAGAUGUAUUUCCAAUACUGACGUUUGUCCUGCGUGAUCCAAAAUAUUUCCCGGACCCAUUUACCUUCAACCCUGAUCGCUUCUUGGAUGAAAACGGAGAGUUUAAGAAGAACGAGGCCUUCAUGGCUUUUUCUGCAGGGAAACGAGUCUGCCUCGGGGAGGGUCUUGCCCGUCUAGAGUUAUUUACUUUCAUCACUACCCUCCUGCAACAUUUCAAUAUCAGUACUCCGGAGAACCCAGCAGACAUGGACAUCUCACCUCAGAUGGUGGGCUUCUCCAAUGUCCCAAAACCAUACAAUAUCAGCUUCAAUCCACGAGGGAUUAGUAAUGGAAACAUGUGUAGAACAAAGUAAUUAUUAAAUAUUACACCAGAAUAAUAAAUUCAUCAUAAUUAAGUUGUUAUGGUGCGAGGAGGCACUGGUUCUGGCUUAAGCAAUUAAUGAAAAAAAUAAAUAAUAAUUAUUAUUCAUUCCAGCACUAGACAACUCUGCCUCUUAACUUCCAUUGCUGUACUUGCUUUGACUAAUAAAUCCAUGGACACUGGAUAUCCCUGACAGGCUGACAUUCUAUCCUAUCACAAGCUCCCAAUUCUCAAAAUGGAAUGAAAAUGGCACCUCCUCAUACCAUAACAACUACAUUCAAAUAAAGUUGUUAUGGAGCCCAGAGUGUUACUUUACUAUGUAAUAUGUCUAUAUAAUAUGAUAUAAUACAAUAUAAUAUAACAUAUUAAUAUAAUACAAUCUAUUUAUCUAUCUAUCUAUCUAUCUAUCUAUCUAUCUAUCUAUCUAUCUCCAGAGCAUUGAUGAUGUAUGUUGUUGGGCCAAAAGUCUUAUUUUAAGGUAUAGCUAAUCAGGCUUGCAUAUUAUUACAGUAAAAUAAAAAUAUGAAAAAUAUAA